AAUACAAAACCUUUUUCGAAGUGUUAUGUGAAACCAGGCCGUAAUACAGAUCAUACACCCACUGAAUCAUCGAGGAAAAAUAGGAAACGGAAAAGAUCACGAUCGGGAGAUUCUGGUAGUGACACAAGUCGGGAUGAUUCGAAAACACGUUCGAGACGAAAGCACUCAAAGUCAGUACUUCAAGCUAAAACUAAUCUUGAUGGUAAUGAGCUAAAGUCCAAAACUGUUAAUAAAGUACCAACAGCAAGAGAACUAGAAAUCGCUAGACUGUUGAGAGAAGAGCAAGAACAUCCUGAGCUUCUCGAUGCAGAUAAUGAUGCUGUCUGGUCAUUAAAGAAAGCGCAGAUUGAAAAACCUAGUCGACAGUGUCCUUAUUUAGAUACAAUUGAUAGGUAUAUAUCUUCUGUUACUUUGAAAUUUUGGAAUACAUUUCAUUCAUUUAGCUCUUCUAAAGUUUUUGAUGGUCGCGGUACCAGCACACAUGCAUAUACUCAUUCACUGGAUACUAAUCACCGUGUUUUUUUAAAUUUGAGCACUUUAAAAUUCUACUGCUUGCCAGAUAACUAUGAAAUUAUUGACCCAUCUCUAGAUGACAUCAAGUAUGUCCUGAAACCAACCUAUACAAAGAAAUAUAUAAUGGAAAUUGAUAAAAUUGGAAAAAUGGCAAGAGCUUUUGAUAGUACGAUAUACCACCCAGGUGUUGUAGGCUUGAAUAAUAUUAAAGCGAACGAUUACGAAAAUGUGGUAUUACAUGCUCUAUCACAUGUACCACCACUUCGUGAUUAUUUCUUGCGUGAAGAAAAUUAUAUUGAAAUAAAGAGACCACCUGGAGAUAAAUUGACUUUAUUGCCUAAACGAUUUGGCGAACUCAUCAGAAAGCUGUGGAAUCCAAAAGCUUUCAAAGCACAUGUAUCACCCCAUGAAAUGUUACAGGCCAGUGUAUUAUGCAGUAACAAGAAGUUUCAGAUCACAAAGCAAGGUGAUGCAGCUGAGUUCUUAAAUUUUUUAUUGAAUACACUUCAUGUAGCACUGAAUGGUACUCGUAAAACGUCUUCAUCAAUCGUUUAUAAAAUCUUUCGUGGUCGCCUCCAUGAAUUUACGCGUAAAGUAAUACCCGUUGAAACAACUGAGCAAACACGAAGAGUACUACUGGAAACUGAGGAGUAUAAAGAAAAAAAGGUUGAAAUUCCAUUUCUGUACCUCACAUUGGAUUUACCUGCUGCUCCUCUAUAUCGUGAUGAAUUACUGCAAAAUAUUAUACCGCAAGUACCACUCUCUGUAUUGCUAACCAAAUUUAAUGGUAUUACAGAAAAGGAAUAUAAAACAUACAGCGAGAAUUUCAUGAAACGUUUCCAACUUGUUCAGCUGCCUUUAUAUCUAAUUAUAACCUACAAAAGAUUUCACAAGAACCAAUGGUUUGUCGAGAAAAACCCAACAAUUGUUAAUUUCCCCAUAAGCAAUGUAGAUUUGUAUGAUUGCUUGGCAGAAGAGAUGCGUCCUCUGCACAAGUACACAACCUAUGAUCUCGUAUCAAACAUUGUUCAUGAUGGACCGCCACCAUCCGGUUCAUACCGGGUUCAAAUACUUCAUAAUGGAACUCAGAAAUGGUAUGAAUUAGAAGAUUUACAUGUGAAAGAAAUUUUGCCGCAAAUGAUUACAUUAGCUGAAUCUUAUAUACAGAUUUGGCGCUUAAAUACUACAAAAACUCGUGAACAGCGAACUGGAGAAGCAGAAGAAGAAGAAGAUAAUACGAAUAAAAUGGAAUAG